AUGGAGCACGUGAAAUUUCCAGAAUUGAUAAAACCCGUCAAUGAAACUACAUCAUCUGGCACACCAGCGGUGCAUUUCAAUGUCCCUAGCCUACAAAGCAAGCCACCAGCGGCCUCCCCAUCACAUCGGUUCCAAUUGGGAGUCGUUGCAUGUCUCGUUCUGGUUUUCUUUCUGAGCCGAUGCUACCAGUUGAUUGGUUCGAGGCUUUCUAAAGCAGUCGACAAAAGGCGAUUAGCAUCGGGGGGCGGCACAUCAGGAGAGGGCGACGAAGAACGGGAAGGCGAUGUGCAAUGUGCAGGGCCUUCAGAACCGGCCGAAGAUGACGAAACGCCGUGGCUUAAAUUCAUUCCUGUAGUUCAGUCCAACUCACCCGAGUCUAAGCAGAGCGGAUUUGUGGGUUUUACAGGACAGCAAGCAUCACUUGGAGUACCCACAGCACCAUAUGGCGUACCACUGCUGGAGCGGCCCAGGGAAACGCGUAGGGACCGCGUGCGGAAAAACCGAGAAAAACUGUCUAGGGCAAUUUCUCGUCUGAGUGGAAUGCUACAAGCAGGAAUGGAGGCGUUGAAUGAUGACUGGAAUCCGACAAAUCCGCACUGGGCAUUCUGCGUCGUGUUGCUUGGUGCUUUAAAGCAGCAGCAGCAGGAGGCUAGUACGCUUUUUAAUGAAAACAAUAGAUCAUUUGGUACUGAAGAGCGCAUUAUAUGGAUAGGUAGUUUGAGAAGUGGAUACGAUGCAGUCCACCUCGGUUCGAGUGUCCUAAGUGCGUUUGCAAUUGCGCAUGGCCUCCCAGCUCCGCACAGAGACGACGUACCCUCAAAUAUGGAUUUUAGAGUUUACACCAUGUUGUGCGUCGGAGAAUGCAGUGCGAAACUCGGGGAUGCCAUGAGAGAAUACAUGGAUGACCCAGUGGGGAGCACCAGUCUUGCCAACCUCACUACCCAACUGAACGAGGCUUCAUUUUGGUUACGCGUAGUCGGGGAAAUGGCAUCGUGCAGUGGUUCAGCAUCGAGGCCUGAUUCAACACCAUUCGACCCUCUGGAUGAUGCGUUGAGAAAGGAGGCGGAUUCCUUAGGCCAAGCUCGUUUACAAGCAAUGAGGAUGUUAAGCCAAAUAUAG